AUGUCUCUUCCGGCUCCGUCCCUGUUGGCUCAGCUACCACGGCCGCUGGCCAAUGCUGGCGGGAAGAUCCAGUUUGCAGAGGUAUAUGGCGUCCAGGGCCUCAAGAAGCGCAAGCGACAUGAAAUCGCAGCUGCAAUCGAUGGCGAGGGUGUGAAUAUAUACAAUGCUCAAUUCCCCAAGCUGGUGACCUCAUACGCCAUCCCACCUCAGGCAUCACAUUCUUGUCCACCAUGCUCAGUACGACAAAAACUCCCAACAAACUCCAGGAUUAAGAGGCAGACAUACUGCGCAGUAGAAACGUCAGGAAAGGAAAUUCAAUGUUUUAUUGAUGAGCUAGUUCCGGGUCGAAGUACACCAAACAUUUCAACCGUCUCCUUCCCAAUAAAAGACACUGCCAGCAAACCUAUCUUUGUUGGGACUAUUCCUACAAACACGCCACCUGAGAAUGUCUCUGAUGCUUUUGACGUUCUUGUUGCGCACCAGGAUGGCCGACUAAGGAGGCUGUCUCCUGACUUGAAGAAGGAAAGAUGGACCAUUCAUUCACACAGUGUCUGGUCUUGCCGAGAGCUUGCGGCCUGCUUCACCUUGGGAUUUGAAGACGCUCGUAAAUUACUAUUCCAGAAACGCGAGGAUAUCGUUGCUUCGGUGCUAGGAGAUAGGUUUGGAACUGACCCUAACAGUUCUACUAUUUUGGUGUUGGUGUCUCAUGCCACGACGGGUUCAUUUCAACUCAGUGACGUACAAGUCAUGUUCUACUCAAUUCCUUCUCACGUUCAGGCUGAUGGUGUUCAAGCCCUGGCCUCUGAGCCUUUGAAACAUUUAAUGACACUCAAUUUGCCGGCGCAUCCAAGCCAAGAUUCGUUGACUACACAGGAUUGCCAAUGGAGUUCCAACUUUGUUUCUGGAGAGCUGUCUCUGUCUUACAAAUCGGGAUUUAUAAGCUUCGACAUUACUCAGUUCUCCCCCAAGGUAUCCUUCUGUGUUAUUAUGGAGGAUGAAUGUUUUUCCUCGAUUAUGCGCAUCUCCUGUCAGUCAAUAAUCGCUGGGGGCAAGUCACUUCUUUCAGUAUACGAUGCACAUUAUCAGUCUCUCCAGGCGGCACUUCCAUUGACCGAAAUUCCCAAGUUUACCUCAGGCAAAAAGCAAGGAGUUCCGAGUGUUCUCGAAUUUAUAUCCCACUUUUCUAAGCUUGAUGUGUUGGUAGCCGCAUAUAGUGGCAGCUUAUAUAGCUUCGAUCUUGCCGCUAUUCAAAAUGAUCGCCAUGUCUCCCGGAAACGGCCACGAAAGAGCCUUUUAAUUGACUCGGUAGGAAAGGGUAUUAUGCCAGGGGGGGGCGAGGCGAAGAGACAAUCAAUCAAAGGAUCAAAUAUCACACAUAUGCAACCAAUCGGGCUUUCGGGGGAACUGCUCUCUGAUCAGUGGAACGACUUAAAGAAGGAACUUGCUACCGCACCAAAUCAGUCCACAUUUGAUGCUGUUAUGGAGGCAAAAUUCUGGAGCCAGUCAGGAUAUUGUAAGGAGAAGGCUGAAGGGUUCCCGCCGGAAGGAGCCUUUAUCGAUCCUGAAAAGAUAAAAUUUCUAAUUUCGAGGAUGUUUAAACUGAAAACUGCCGGUGAUUCGGCAUCAGUAAAACUUAUUACCACCUUUAUUCCCAGGAAAACUUUCAAAUGGCUUGUCAAUUCGAAACACCUGAGCGCCGCCAAUAUUGAAGCCGCUCUACGACACACAAGUGCCCCAUAUAAUCUCCCCAAGAUUCCAGACGGUGCUUUAGUCCAGGCUCUGGCCUCCCACGACCAUUCUAUGAACGUACUACUCACCUUGCUGCGUGGACCAGGAUACUUAGAAGCUGCUGAGUUGACGCACGCAAUUUGCGAGCUUCUCAAGGUCGCUCGACAACAAACAAACGCCUCUGAAGUCUCGCAGAAGCCUGUUACCGAAGUUGCCCAUGGCGAGACUACAGACAACGCAACCGUGCUCGCAGAGAAGCAAACACCUGCCCCAAGCACAGCCCUUGUAAACGCAAUUACAGGCUUAAACUUAGCCCUCAUAAAGCUCCAUACCCAUCCAUUAAAUAACGUCACUAAAUCCAUCAGGUCUACGCUUUCAAAUACUGACGUUCUUUCCAUCAUUCACCACCUUCGUUAUUCGCUUGCAACUAGUGGGCACACCACACGUUUUACAGAAGAGCCACCAGCUGCCUUUAUAACGUCUAAAUUCCCUUCCUUAUCUCUCUCGGUAAUAAUUGACUUAUUAACUGCGUGUAUCGAUGCUGUUGGGCCCAGCGGAUGGAUAUCAGCAGCUGGAUUUGCCGGGGCAGCAGGGAGUGAAGCAUCUCUUAUAGCAGAUAUGAAGAGUGAAAUUGCUGCUACUCUUGCUUCUAUUGACGAAGCUACUUAUUUAAAGGGGAUAUUGCGGGAAUUUAUUCGAUGUUGCGAAACCUCUGCUCACCGUCCAGCUGCCAUUACUCAAUCCCAGCGUGCUAUCGCCAAUGGCACGUCAAAGACACCGAGUAAACGGCCCAAGAGAAAGGAAUACCAUAACGGAGCUCAGAUCCUAGUUUAUGGAGCUCCUGAUAAUUCAGCUGGGGUAGAAGGAAGUGACUCGAAAAUGUUACCAUUAUCUCUAAAAGUAAGCGGCUCUCAAUCAGGAAUUGGUGGAGUGAGUGACGAAUUGACCCGGAAGAAAACGCAUAAAUCGACUGGAGAGGUCAAGCCUAGAAGCGAACGAGAGAUGGCCCAUAAGAAGCACAAAGCUGUUGGCAAAUAUUCUUUUGAGAGAAUUGUUAUUUAG